AUGGUGCGUCAAGGGAUGGGCAAGAAGGAGGCGAACGGGAGCUCCCGUAAGGCUUCCUCGCCGGCGGAUCUUCCGUCCCCGUACGGAGAAUUGGGAUGCGAGCUCUCCAGAGAAGAUCUGCGGGAGACCGCCUAUGAAAUCUUCGUCGGCGCCUGCCGCGCCACCGGUGGGAAGCCCCUCACCUUCAUCUCGCAGUCCGAGAGGGCUGCCGCAGGGGCAGCGGUGGAACGCUCGCUCUCCUCCUCUCUGUCGUCAAGCUCGUCGCCGUCGUCUCCCUCGCCGUCCCUCCACCGGUCGCUGACGUCCUCAGCAGCCCACCAGGUGAGGCGGGCGCUUGGCCUGAAGUCGAAGAAGAGCUCCGGUAAGGAUGGCAGUUCAUCGAAGGCAGUGAAGAAGCAAUUGACAGUCGGGGAAUUGAUGAGGGUCCAGAUGGGGAUCUCGGAGCAGACGGAUGCACGGAUCCGGCGGGGUUUGCUCAGGAUUUCAGCAGGACAGGUGAGCUGGGUCUCCGAUUUCCGGAGAAACUGUGGUGUUGAAAUUUUCUCUGUCGAUCUUCCUAGAGCAUCCUCUACAAUUCUCCAGCUCCCUCGCAAAUGAAGACGAAGAUCCAAGCUUCUGGUUGUCCUCUCUUGGCAUGCCCACCAAUCGAGGGUCAUUACGCUGCCAGUCAUUGACUACUGUUAAUCUUCAUGGGACCUGAUUUGAUCCGUUCAUGUUCUUCACAGCGGCUGAAUUCGGUUCAUACUUCAUUCACAUUAGUCCCUCCUUUAAUAUUCAGAUUUCUUUCACAUAUCAUUUUUUAUAAAUCUGGUCUAUUUUUCUAUGAUAAGAACUCAAUUAUCUCAACAGAUGCAUCUAUAUUCUUUUUUUAGCUGAUUCUGUGAGAAUAAGAAUUUUUUCUUCUGAUCUUUAAUCUCCAUGCUGGUAUGAAUGAUAUUGUCAAGUUGAUCUGACCAUGGUCGUGAUAUUAAUGAGUGGUGCAUAAACCCUUUUUGCUAGAAAAGGAAAAAUAUGUUGAAUCAUCUGUUCAGGAACGUGCAUAGAAAUUUGUUUUGAAGACUUGUUCUUGCCGAAAUUCUGAGAAAUAAAUUAACCGCAGCCCUGUCCUCUCCUAACAGCUAGGAAGGCGCAUAGAAUCCAUGAUCUUGCCAUUAGAGCUUUUACAGCAGUUGAGGUCCUCAGAUUUUCCAGAUCAAAGUGAAUAUGAAUCGUGGCAGACGAGAUACUUGAAGAUCCUCGACGCCGGGCUGCUCCUUCAUCCUCAUUUCCCUGUAGAAAAGUCAGAUGCUGCCUCACAGCAGCUCCGGCGGAUCAUCCAGGGAGCUCUUGGGAGGCCUCUGGAGACUGGAAUGCAUUCAGAAUCGAUGCAGGCCUUGCGAAAUGCUGCCAUGGCAGUUGCUUGCAGAUCAUCCGACGGGUCAGCUGCUGACAGGUGCCACUGGGCAGACGGGAUCCCUCUGAAUCUUCAUCUGUACCAGAUGCUUUUGGAAGCUUGCUUUGACAAUGAAGAUGGAUCGGUUGUCGAGGAGAUUGACGAGGCUAUGGAGCAGAUUAAGAAGACCUGGGUGAUCCUUGGAAUGAAUCAGAGGCUCCAUAAUCUCUGCUUCACGUUGACCUUGUUUCAGCAUUUUGUGGCGACGGGGCAAGCUGACUCUGAGUUAAUCAUUGCUGCUGAUAACCAGCUGGGUGAAGUUGCAGAGAACGCCAAGACCGCCAAGGACCCUCUGUACUCCAAGCUGUUGAGUUCAACUCUGAGCCUGAUGAUGAACUGGGCCGAACAGCGCCUUCUUGCAUACCAUGAUACCUUCCAUGCUGGCAACGUUGACUUAAUGCAGAGUAUUGUUUCUUUGGGAGUUUCUUCUGCAAAGAUAUUGGCGGAGGAUACAGCCCACGAGCAUCGCCGUAGAAGGAGAGAAGAAGUGGAUGUGGCUCGCAGCAGAGUAGAUGCUUAUAUAAGGUCCUCACUCCGAACAGCUUUUGCAGAGGUAAGCCAGUGAAUCAUAACCUUACCAUAUUUAUAUAUUUGAAAUAUUUCAUUUUAUUAUUCUGAAAUAUUAUAAUUUUUAUUCGGAAAUUAUGGAUUUUAUCACCCUUAGCCAUGUGUUCUUCCCAAGAAUUUUAUUAUUAAAUAUAUUAUCAUAUCAUAUAUAGUUUACUAGCAUGAAUUGGCUGAUAAAUUUACCCAGUAUGAUCACAUUUUUCAUUCUUAAAUAUCAACCCAUCGCAGAGAAUGGAACAACCGGACAUGAGCAGGCGCUCCAUAUGGAUCUUAUCACCCUCAGUUCUAUGUUCUUCCCAAGAACUUUAUUAUUAAAUAAAUUAUCAUAUAAUUAUCAUACUAUAUAUAGUCUAUUAGCAUGAAUUGGGCUGAUAAAUUUACCCAGUAUGAUCACAUUUUUCACAUCUUUUAUCAUCAUCAACCCAUUGCAGAGAAUGGAACAAGCUGACAUGAUCAGACGCUCCAUGAGGGGCCGUCCCUCUCCUGUUCUCUCCAUCCUCGCCAAGGACGUCGGUAUCCUAGCAAUCAAGGAGAAAGAGGUAUUCAGCCCAGUGCUGAAGAGAUGGCAUCCUCUCGCUGCCGGCAUUGCUGUUGCAACCCUGCACUUAUGCUAUGCAAACGAGCUGAAGCAAUUCGUCUCCGGCAUCACGGAGCUGACGCCUGAUACCGUUGAAGUGCUGAAAGCUGCAGAUAAGCUAGAGAAGGACCUUGUCCAGAUCGCUGUGGAAGACUCAGUAGAAAGUGAGGAUGGUGGGAAGGCCAUCAUCCGUGAGAUGCCCCCUUUCGAGGCUGAAUCCGCCAUGGCCAGGCUUGCUAGGACCUGGAUCGGAAGAAGGGUUGACGCCCUGAGUGAAUGGGUCACUCGGACCCUGCAGAAAGAGGUUUGACUCUGCACCUCGCGCUGACUUUUCCAUCAGCUUGCCGUUUUUGCGUUUUUUUUUUUUUUUGGGGGUAAAGAGUGAGUUAUAUUCGUCUUUUCCAUUUCAAGAUUCCAUCUUUUGUUCCUUUUUUUGGAUUCUCUGCUUGGUCUUAUAAUCACAUGUAACAGUUAAUCAUCCUCUUGGAUGUGUUUGUUGAGGAUGAUGGAUGUUCUGACGGUGGUCAACUCCUUCCCUCUAGGGCAAUAAGGAGAACCUUGCCCCUGCCGUUGACCUUCUGAGACCAGUGGAGGAGACCAUCGACGCCUUCUUCCAGCUCCCGAUUCCAAUGCACUACGCUCUGCUUCCAGAGUUGCUGACCGGCCUGGACAGGAGCGUUCAGCUCUGCAUCUCCAGCACGAAGGCCGGACGCGGUGAGAGCUCUCAAAAACCAUGAAAAAACUUCAAUGGAGAUGUAGAAAUCCCCCUCCCCCCCGUCUCAUUCAUCUUCCCCGUUGCAGGAACACCCGCUGACUUCGCCCCCGAGCUGCCGCCGCUGACCAGAUGCGCGGCGGAGUCCAAGCUCUGGAGGAAGAAGGAGAAGCCGCCUAACCCCCAGCGAAGCCGAUCGCCGGUGGACCCUUCCGACUUGGCCAAGCUCUGCGCCGCCAUGAACACCCUCCACCACAUUCGGACAGAACUGGAGAGACUGGAGAAGAGAUCCUCCGAUUCCCUGAGGAAAUCCGCCGGCGGCGAGCUGGCGGCGGCGAGAAUGUUCGAGCUCUCCGCCGCCGCCUGCCGGGAAGGGAUCCAGCAGCUCUGCGAGAUCGCCGCCUACCGGAUCGUCUUCCACGAGCUGAACCACGUCCUGUGGGACGGGCUGUAUGUCCGCGAGGCGGCGGCGGCGAGGGUGGCGCCGCUGCUGAAGGAGCUGGACCUGGUUCUGGAGAAGAUCUCGAGCUCCCUCCACAACAGAGUGAGGAACAGGGCGAUCACCUCCCUGAUGAAGGCCUCCUUCGAAGGGUUCCUCCUGGUUCUGCUCGCCGGAGGACCCUCACGGGCCUUCUCCAUCGGAGAUUCUCAGAUUCUUGAAGACGACUUCAGGGCACUCAGAGAGCUCUACCUCGCCGACGGCGACGGAUUGCCGGAGGAGAUCGUGGACAAGGCGGCGGCUCAGGCGAGGGAGCUUCUUCCGCUCUUCCGGGUCGACACAGAAACCCUGAUCUCCCGGUUCAGGGCGGCGAUGGUGGCGUACGGCGGCGCCUCCAGGUCGAAGCUCCAGCUGCCGCCGACACCGGGGAGGUGGAGCCCGUCGGACCCCAACACUCUGCUCCGCGUCUUGUGCCACCGCAACGACGAGCCCGCCUCCAAGUUUCUGAAGAAGACCUACGGCCUCCCCAAGAAGCUCUGA